AUGGAGGAGGAGGCGAUGGUGAUAGGGUGGUCAAGGAAGAGAGAUGAUGGUCAAGGUGGGAGGAGAGGUGGUAGGAGAGGCAACAUACCACGUGUUCAAAGUGGAACUUUUGUGCUUAGAGGACGAGUUCUUCCACCACCUAUCAGAGGUAGGGAUGCAGGCAAGGGUGGAGGCCGAGGUGGACCACUAUUACCUGGUCCAGGUAGAGGUGGUGGGAGAGAUAGGGGCCGAGGGAGUGGUUUAGAUAGAGGUCGAGGGGGGAGAGAGGGGAGAGGUACACCUCUCAAAUUUGGGAAGGUGGGUCUUGAUCCAGGUGUUCUAGUAGCUCACCGUGGAUUUGAUGAGGAUGAUGUGUCAUUGAUUAGGUGCAGGAUCAUCAGGAUAACACAGGUGGAUGCCCCGAUGGGUGGAGACAUAGCAGAGGGACAGGUGGGAGGGGAUGGAGAGGAUGAGCUUAUGCAACAUGAUAUGUUAGAGGCAUAG